CUUACCGAGUCAAUACAAUGUCAUGUGAUUCUGUAUUCAGGCGGUAACCUUUGUAGCUUUUGGGCUGGACAUUGGGACUCACGUGAGGUGAAGAAAAAAAUAUCUGUCUCAAGAUCCGAAUAAGACUUUGUACAUAGGGAACCAUGCAGUGGCUUGUGUUGUUUCUUGCCACUGGUAGUCUAGUCGCGGUUUCUGCACAACCCGGAAGUGAGAAUACUACCCUGCCCCAUAUCAUCUUUAUCGUAGCCGACGACUUAGGCUGGAAUGACGUGGGUUGGCACAACCCUGACGUCAAGACGCCUGUUCUGGACCAGCUGGCUCAUGAAGGCGUCAUCCUCAACCAGUCUUACGUCAACUACGUCUGCACGCCGUCCAGAACGGCGUUUAUGACUGGGUACUUUCCCUACCAUGUAGGCAUGCAGCACAUGGCUAUGCUUCCCGAGCAGCCUUCGGGAGUUCCGUCACAUUUCACCUUCCUACCCGAGAAGCUGAAGGAGUUGGGGUACUCCACUCACGUGGUGGGCAAGUGGCAUCUUGGUUUCUGCAACUGGAACUACACCCCGACGUACCGUGGGUUCGACUCCUUCUACGGCUUCUACAAUGGGCAAGACGACUAUUAUCAACAUACUGUUGCGGGUGGUCUUGACCUCAGGGACGGCAAAGAAGUCGUGAAAACAAGGAAUGGAGAAUACAGUACCUACUUCUUUACAGACCGGAUUGUUGACAUUAUUGAGAAGAAUCCCCUGGGCUUGCCACUGUUUUUGUACCUACCCUUCCAAAAUGUGCACGAGCCGUUACAGGUUCCGAAACGGUUUGAGGAUAUGUACGCCAACGUUCAAAAUGAGAACCGCAGAAUCUUCCUUGGAAUGGUGAGCGCCAUGGAUGAAGCCAUUGGUAACGUUACCAUGGCGAUGAAAAAGGCGGGACUAUGGGACAACACCCUCCUGAUCUUCACAGCUGACAAUGGCGGCUGGCCACUUUUCAGUGGAAAUAACUUCCCUCUCCGUGGCGGGAAAAUCACACUGUGGGAGGGGGGCACCAGAGCAGCAGCCUUUGUGCAUGGCAAGAUGCUGCAGAAAACUGGCUACACUAGCGACGAGAUGAUCCAUGCAGUGGACUGGUUCCCAACAAUCCUGGCAGCUGCAGGCGGAACUGCAGACCCCAGUAUAGACGGUGUGAGUCAACUGGACACCCUCGUGUCAGGCCAGCCCUCUCCUCGUACUGAGUUUGUCUACAACAUUGAUGACGUCUUUCCUACAAAACAGGGAGCCAUCAGGGUUGGUGACUACAAGUUGAUUGAGGGAUACGCAGGUAAACCUGACACGUGGAUCCGCCCUGAUAACCUGACGGACAGUCACCAUGACAUCGGGGACCCUAUCACGGGAACGUGGCUCUUCAACCUUAAAGACGACCCUACAGAACACCACAACCUCGCCGACACCAUGCCAGACAAGCUGAAGGAGAUGCAGGGGAAACUAGAGGACUACAGGAAGACCAUGGUGCCCGCCAUCUGGCCCAAAAACGACCCCAAGGGGAAUCCUAGACACUGGGAUGGGGCGUGGUCUCCAGGGUGGUGCUAGGCAACCAUCGUCAGCUUUCAAAGUAUCUCAGCGCCGUACAAACGAUUUUACUAACUUGUCAGACGUUUUCGACACUUUUGCUUGCUACAAUAUACUGUAUUUGAAAUUUUACAAAUAGGGUAAAUAAUCUACCAGAGAAAUUAGUCAGCCACGCACGCAUCUUUUAUAUCUUUUAUCAUUAUACGACAUCAUAUUUUUCAAUAUGUGCAUAUAACUGGUUCAUACUAACUGUUUAUUACAUUGUCAUCUGAUUUAGUUUUUGUCUAAUGGCAGUGUGUUCCCCUUAUAAUGCACAAUGGCAGUGUAAACCCAGCAUGUAUAACAUCUGUAUCUGUACUGCAGAGCUGGUAUAAUCAACACACCAGCUUAGCAGGCAUCAUGUAAGUUACAUUGAAAGACAGGUAACACCUAACCUUUACAUCUAUCUUAGACAUAAGAUGCAAAUGAUAGAGAACCAUAGCAUGUAGAGUGUAGAUUUAAAAUUUACUGCAUGCUAAUCAUUUAGCAGGUUGAUAAUCUAAAAACAUCUUUUAAAUUAGAUAAUGGAAAUAUUCUACUAAUGGUAGAUUGACAUUAUGUUCCAGUUCCAGUUGCACUUGUCCUUUAGAGGGGUUGUUGAAUUUCAGUUUGUUGGUCCAUUGCUAAAGAGUCGCAAGCAUGAAACCUCUGCAUGUUAAAGUCAAACUUUGGCUAAAAAUUGGAGCCUUGGCAAGCCACAUUGCAUAUUCACAGUCCAAUCUUAAACACUGUCAGAUUGAACUUACUGUACAGUACUGUUGUGUUACACCUUGUGGUGGUUUAAUAUUCUAGAUAUACAAACCAAUAAAACCUAAAAGUUGG